GGUACCCAAGACGGCAGAGUUGCGCGUGUGCCUUCCCAGGUCCUGGCAGCACCAUCCGGCUGGGAGGUGAGGACGCUGGCCGCCGUUUUUAUGACUGCAAGGAACACUGGGUGUUUUUAUUUUGAUUUCUUCCUCACUGGAUACAUAUGUACAAGCUAUUAAAGGCGUGAAGACGGCACGCGUGUGAACGCGCGCAGCGAUAUCGAUGGGGAAAAUAAGUUGAUCGCAUUCGGAAGAAUGUUUUCCUCGUUCCAGGAAAAGGGAUUGCUCAGUUGAUCAGCGUGAUGGGUGUUUCGAGAAUAGAGGCGCUUGGGGGAUUUUGACAUUUGGAGAAGAUCUGGAGAUAUCCAUCAACAGUUUAGGGCUUUUCGAGAGCAACAUAAAACAGCAACAAUUGCACAGAGCGCCAUACUGCAAAAAACAGAGCUUCCCGGAUCGAUACAGUGCAAUCUCCUGCACGAGUUUUUUUUUUUUCUUCAUGCGGAAGAAUUUAAAAUUCCUAUUUAAAUUCAUAUUAAAUUGAAACAAGUAAGCUGGCGAGCAAGUAUAGAGUCGGCAACGGUGGCCUUACUGAGAUCCGCGUAACUUCUGCAAGCUGCAUGCAGCCCUGGUGGUGGAAACAGGGCUGGAAAUCAGCCCAAAAUGGCAAAUAUGAAGAAAUCUAAAAGAUUAAUAUCGCAUUGCCCACGUAUCUUGUACUAUUAGCGGAUUACCUUUGCCAUACAUGCCCCGAGUUUCGAGUGGAGCAAGGUGCUUACUUGUUCCUCCAACAUGAGGGAGAUAUAAGGCCGUGUAGAAUUUAUUUAUUAUGGGGGGAGUGGGCUUUCUUUUCGGUCGCAUUAACAUUUUGAUUUAACCCCUCUCUCGUUUUUACUUUUGUUUUGUUUUCUCUUCACGAGAGGUUUCUUGUAUGCGCGCGAUUGCUAUUUAUUUGCUAGUCUAAAACGAAUAAAAAAAGAAAGAUCCUCGGAAGUAGGUCAGAUCAAAGAAAAAGAUAAAGCUUUAGAGUUAGCUAUGAUCUUUCUCAUGUUAGUAUGAUACAUUUCCACACUCAUUCUGAUAUGCGUCGGACAUUUCUUCUCUGAUUUAGGCUACACAUCGUUAGGCUACAUGACAGCCAAAUGAGAGUUUGACCACCACUGCCGCUUAUCCUAAACAGCCUUUUUGUAGUCCCUCUUUGUUGUGUUUUUGUUUUUCCACCUCUCAUUUUUGGGCUGUUGAGUGAGUGAAUGGCUCUGUGCGGAACGACGGCUUCCAAUGCCGCGAAAAUGAUGGCCGCUUAUAACGGCGGAGGCACCUCGGCAGUGGCAGCGCAUCACCCGCACCAUCACCACCAGCUUGCUCAUCUCCCGCCACCCGCCCACCUCCACCACCAUCACCACCCGGGCCAGCAUCACCUCCAGCACCCCGGCUCGGCUGCUGCCGUACACCCCGUACAGCAGCACGCUUCCACGGCUGCUGCUGCUGCCGCGGCGGCGGCGGUGAUGUUGAACCCGAACCAGCAGCAGCCGUACUUCCCCUCGCCCGCUCCUGGGCAAGCUCCGGGGCCGGCGGCCGCUGCGGCUCCGGCGCAAGUUCAGGCGGCCGCUGUGAAGGCGCAUCAUCACCACCACCAACACUCGCAUCACCUGCAACAACAGCUGGAUAUUGAGCCGGACAGACCUAUCGGAUACGGAGCUUUCGGUGUUGUUUGGUCAGUGACGGACCCCAGAGAUGGCAAACGAGUGGCCCUUAAAAAGAUGCCCAACGUCUUCCAAAACCUUGUCUCCUGCAAGAGAGUUUUCCGUGAGCUGAAGAUGCUCUGUUUCUUCAAGCACGACAAUGUGCUGUCCGCUCUGGAUAUUCUGCAACCUCCACACAUCGACUAUUUCGAGGAAAUUUAUGUGGUGACGGAGCUGAUGCAGAGUGACCUCCAUAAGAUCAUCGUGUCUCCACAGCCCCUGAGCUCUGACCAUGUUAAAGUCUUUCUCUAUCAGAUCCUCAGAGGAUUGAAGUAUCUACACUCAGCUGGUAUUUUGCACAGAGAUAUCAAACCUGGCAACUUACUGGUCAACAGCAACUGUGUACUUAAGAUUUGUGACUUUGGUUUGGCGAGAGUGGAGGAGCUGGACGAGUCGCGUCACAUGACCCAGGAGGUAGUGACGCAGUACUACAGAGCGCCAGAGAUCCUAAUGGGGAGCAGGCACUAUACCAACGCCAUCGACAUCUGGUCUGUGGGCUGCAUCUUUGCCGAGCUUCUUGGCCGACGCAUCCUCUUCCAGGCCCAGAGUCCCAUCCAACAGCUGGACUUGAUCACAGAUCUGUUGGGGACGCCAUCUCUGGAGGCCAUGAGGACGGCGUGUGAGGGGGCUAGAGCUCACAUCCUGAGAGGCCUCCACAAACAGCCCUCACUUCCUGUCCUGUAUACCCUGUCCAGUCAAGCAACCCAUGAGGCUGUUCACCUCCUCUGCAGGAUGCUGGUCUUUGACCCAUUGAAGCGGAUCUCUGCAAAGGAUGCCCUGGCACACCCAUAUUUGGAUGAGGGGCGUCUGCGCUACCACACCUGCAUGUGCAAAUGCUGCUACACCACAUCUUCUGGCCGCGUCUACACCAGUGACUUUGAGCCCAUCACCAAUCCCAAGUUUGACGACGGCUUCGAGAAAAAUCUGACGUCAGUACGGCAAGUCAAAGAGAUCAUUCACCAGUUCAUCCUGGAGCAGCAGAAGGGGAAUCGGGUACCGCUCUGUAUCAACCCCCAGUCUGCUGCCUUCAAAAGCUUUAUCAGCUCGACAGUAGCUCAGCCCUCUGAGAUGCCUCCAUCUCCUCUGGUUUGGGAGUAGCUGAGUAUUGCCAUAAAGAUGAUGUCGAAUAUAAGAGUGGUAGUGGACACCUCUCCUGCAGCCUGUCCCGCGCCCACACCCCCUGGACUACUGACCCACAGGCCUCCCCAAACCUGCGUAGCAUUUCACUGGAGUCUAGGACUAGCCAUGUCGCUGAUGUGUGUGUGUGUACUGUAAGACUUAGAAAAUUGAGUUUUAUCAAAGCAACCACUGCUGAUCGAAUUCAAAACGGGACACGGGAAGGGUGAGGGUGAUCUCGGGGUGGUUUGUCCGUACAAUAGAAGCAUACCCACUGCUCUGUAGUUGUAUACUGAAGGUUUGUUAAGAUGCACACUUACAAACCCAUACCCUAAGCAGACGAAGUCGACCCCUGUGGACUUGAAUGUAUUUUAAACACCAGGGCGGCAUCCUCUGCACGGCAUUUCUGAAGGAAAACGCAUCACUUCUAAGUGUGUGCGCGAGUAGGCAUGCUUUAUUUAUUAAUGGAAAGAGGAAGCCGCGUGCAGUGCUUCAUGUAGAAUGGAAAAGAAGGCAACUUUCUCUGCUUCUCUCUUUUUCUCUCACGCUAGCACCUUACUAAGAACUGUGACCACUCGUUCGGCUAGAGUGAGCUCAUCGCAUUUAUUUCCUUUAACAGAAGUGUGAAUGUUGAUUUUAUGAUUUCCUUCCAUUUUCACUUUCGUCUAUGUGUUUCCUUUGUCUAUCCAUAUAUCUUUGUUUGUUUGUAUCUCGCUUUCUGUCUCACUUUCGCUCUCAUAAGAUAACUUUUUGUCAGUAAAAGUCAGUAUUCCUUAGUGCAACACUUUGCAGAGAUACUGAUAAGCAGGCGUUUUGUAGUACUCCUGAACGUAGACAUGUUGUGUCAGUAUUUAGUCUUUUGGGGUAACCGAACGGCACAGCAAUUUAAAAGCGUCAAGGAUCCAAAGCAUGAGAUUGGCCUGAGGUGAAAUGCACAACUUGCUGUCUGCUUAAAAAGGGUUUAUCCAUUUAAGUCCAUCUUCAUGUCCAGCCUACUGUAUAGGCAAAGAGCAUGUCGAUAAGUCUUGAAAGUGUUUGUCUCCUACUGAGACUGAAUAAAGGAAUAGUGUGUAACGACAUGUAAUACAUAUGGGAACGUCAGUAUGUUUGUUUGAUGACCUUUGACCUGUACCCAAUAUCCCUGCAGUAGUACCCAGAACAUACAGCAUGCAGAGAAUUGAACCAAAUUAUAAGUAAAACAAAGACUAAAUAGAGCAAAGAUUACUCAAGGAAAUUUAGAUAAAUCAUUCCAUAAUAACAAUGGUACAUUACCAAACCUUGUCUCUUAAUGGGAUAGUUUACCCAAAAAUAAUAAUUCUGUCAUUUGAUCACCCUCAUGUUUUGUCAAACCUACUAUUAUUAGGGGGCGGAAGAAAGUCAUUCAGGAUUUGAGGAUGAGUAAAUGAUGACUGAAUUUUCAUUUUUGGGUGAACUAUCCCUUUAAGACAAGUGUAGAACACCAUUGUUUGAAUGCAUGUAUGGACCCUGUGCAUGUUUUUAACUGACUGUGGCAUCACAAUAGUGAUCCUGUUUUUGUCAGUUCAGUGUCUUCUUCUUUGACCCCCAAAGCCCUUUUCUGUUGAAGAGCUAAUGCAGAUUGUGAAUCUGAAAAGGAACGAUAGUAUAUGUUGUGGGUCUUGAAAGCAAUUGGAGUAGUUUCACUGUAACAUGCAUUUAUUUACUUUCAUCACUCAAACUUAAAAAAUCGAAAUGAAAAUAUUUAAUAUAUUUUUAGAUAAUUAUUUUUAUUUCUUCCUCAAUGUGCUAUGGCAUGCUUUCCCAUAAUCCACUUGAGUAUGGUAUUAAAUAAGUGAGUAGCAGGUAGAUUUCAACAGAAAUUCAAAAUCUACAAAAUAAAUUAUUGUACAAGAAAUCGCCAACCACACACACACACA